ACUAGGUUUAAUUUAAAUCUUAAGGUUAUUUUGGGGAAUGGAUUAAGAAAACUUUUCCAUUAAGCUUCUUCAAGAACAGUUGAUACUGCCUGACUUUUUAUUUCUGACAAAGCAACCAACAGAGCAUAUAUAAAGAGUGUCCAUUACCAAGGUUCUAUAGAAAAAGCAGUACAUUCUUGUACAACCCUUCAAUCACCAGUUUACCAUGAUUUCCCUGGCAGAUGUCUAUCAUGUCGUCGCAGCCACUGUCCCGUUGUACUUUGCCAUGAUUUUGGCCUACAUCUCAGUGAAACGGUGGAAACUCUUCACACCAGAGCAAUGUGCAGGCAUAAACAAGUUUGUAGCUAAAUUCUCUAUCCCAUUGUUGUCUUUCCAAGUGAUCUCAGAAAACAACCCCUACAAAAUGAGCCUGAAACUCAUACUUGCUGACUUUCUUCAAAAACUACUAGCCGUUCUUGUUUUGAUAGCCAUCAGCAAAUUCAGCUCCCGGGGAGGUUUACCAUCGAUUAUAACCGGCCUCUCGCUAUCAACCUUCCCCAACACUUUAAUCCUGGGGAUUCCACUGUUGAGGGCCAUGUAUGGAGAUAAAUCAGUUGCACUCCUGGCUCAGAUAGUUGUCCUACAAAGCUUGAUUUGGUACAAUUUGCUGUUGUUUCUGUUUGAGCUAAAUGCUACAAAGGCAGCCUCUGAGACACCACCUUCACAACAUACAGGUAGGGACCAAGAGGCCCCUGAAGAAGCACAAGGGAAAGAGGAAGGAGAAGAGGCACACACCAGACCAAGGAAAUCAAAGACUAUGCUCAUUUUCUUGACUGUGGGGAAGAAGCUCAUGGCAAAUCCUAAUACUCAUGCAACCUUGCUGGGUCUUAUUUGGGCAAGCAUUCGAUUCAGGUUGGGGUGGAACAUAAAAUUCCCUGCCAUUAUUGAAAAAUCAAUAGCAAUAUUAUCAAGUGGAGGACUUGGUAUGGCAAUGUUCAGCUUAGGUCUAUUUAUGGCAUCACGGCCUAGCAUAAUAGCAUGUGGUAUUCGGAUGGCAGCAGUAGCCAUGAUCAUGAAAUUCAUGGCCGGUCCUGCUUUAAUGGCAGCAUCCUCUACUGCCCUUGGACUUAGAGGCAGAUUAUUAAGAGUGGCAAUUGUGCAGGCAGCUCUUCCUCAAGGAGUCGUUCCAUUUGUUUUCGCCAAAGAGUACAAUGUUCAUCCGGAUAUACUGAGCACAGGGGUAAUCUUUGGCAUGCUUAUGGCCUUACCUGUAGCAUUAGUCUACUAUCUUCUUUUGGCAUUGUGAAAUUCCUGGAAAACUCUGCUAGUUAUUCCAGAAACGGUAGUAAUUUCUUUUUACCUGAAAUCAAUUCUGCGAAAGGGUCAAAA